CUUUUUAUCUGCGGUGGAGCUUUUGUUGGUUUAGAGAAGACAAUUUCAGAAAGACGACAAGAUUCUUCAAUUGGAUUUGGAGCACCUGUUCGGACCAACAUGAGAAUUGGUGGUCUAACUGAUGCUGUAGUCACAUCAUCACUGUUGGAAUCUGUAGAAAGUGCUGAUCUCACUGCAUAUGGACUCAUACCUGAAUUUGUGGGGCGGUUUCCAGUUUUAGUGAGUUUAUCUUCACUGGAUGAGGAUCAACUUGUUCAGGUUCUCACAGAACCCAAAAAUGCUCUUGAUAUCCUCGGCUCCUCGUUAUUCCUUCUCUGCAGCAACAGGAGAUAGUAUUUGCAUAAGUUGGACUCAACAUUCUCCAAUCAUAAUAGAACAUCAACUCUCCUUGCGAUCAAUGCGGGAAUCAAAUUUGAAUGAUGGGUGCCACAACUCAACUUGAUCUGAAGUGAAUGAUGAAGAAUUUUUGAAAUAUUUUGAUAUACGUUUAUAUACAUUUGGUUUUGUGUGGAACUUGGUACAAAUUUUUAUUUUGUUAUUUUCUAAUUAGUAUGUAAAAGACGUUUCUUUGAAAUCAAAUCUAUGCACUUCAAUUAUUUAUUAGCUAA